CAGCAGCAAGCAGCAAGCAGCAGCAGCAGCCACGAUCUGCGAGGCUCCGAUUCUUCCAGUGGCGGGAUCUUUUUCCAACCCCCAACCAGCCCGAGAGAGAAGGCCGAGUGCAAAGCCCAAACUUUCGCGACUGCCUGCUGCCGCCGCCGCCUAAGCGCCAGGAGUCGCCCUGGGAUCGCCGCAGCAGCGGACGCAAAGAGAGAAGCACAGAAGACCGAGGCGGGCGCGCGCGCGCGUGUCUGGAUGAGGCGGCAGCAGCAGUGAGCAGUCAAAUCUCGCCCACCCGCCACCCCUCCUUCCUUCCCUCCUUCUCUCUCUCUCUGUCUAUCUAUCUGUCUGUCGGUCUCUGUCCGCAAGAUGAGCGCUACGCUCCCAAGCCUCUUGGCCUCGCUGGCCGUGUUGCUCCUGGGAAGGAUGGACCGCCUCGCCGACGCCUGCAGUUGCUCCCCGGUGCAUCCGCAACAAGCGUUUUGCAAUGCAGAUUGAUCAGAGCAAAGGCUGUCUCCGAAAAAGAGGUGGACUCCGGUAAUGACAUCUAUGGAAACCCCAUCAAACGCAUCCAGUAUGAAAUCAAGCAGAUAAAGAUGUUUAAAGGGCCCGACCAGGACAUUGAAUUCAUCUACACGGCUCCUUCUUCGGCUGUCUGUGGAGUGACGCUGGAUGUUACUGGCAAGAAAGAGUAUCUCAUUGCAGGGAAAUCUGAAGGCAACGGCAAGAUGCACAUCACGCUGUGUGACUUCAUCAUUCCUUGGGACUCCCUCAGUGCUACCCAGAAGAAGAGUCUAAACCAGCGGUACCAAAUGGGCUGUGAGUGCAAGAUCUCCCGAUGCCCUUCCAUCCCCUGCUAUGUCUCUGCUCAGGACGAGUGCCUGUGGACUGACUGGGUGACAGAGAAGAACAUCAACGGGCGGCAGGCAAAGCACUUUGCCUGCAUCAAGCGGAGCGAUGGUUCGUGCGCGUGGUACCGUGGAGUGGCCCCACCCAAGAAGGAGUUUCUUGACAUUGAGGACCCUUGAGUCCCCAAAGCCAUGGCAGUCCAGUAGCCAAUAGCAACAAAG